CAUCUACAUUCGCGCCUCUCUUCCAAUGUCAUAGAGGGCGUGAGUGACGAUCAAAAGCAAGGAUAUCAACAGCAUCUGACAGACGAGACGAUGCGUGUUAGUCUGUUGGUGUUCGGCCAUAAAACGAAAUGCGUUUGUGUAAGUAUGCGCGUGUGUGUCAUAAUGCCUACAAGUUAAGCAUUGAUGAUUCAAAGAGGAAAGAAGCUAUUUAGUACACAUGUUUGCGAAGUGCUUCAUGAUAAAUCUGGCCUCAGUGAUGUCGAUCUCGGUUAAACUGAGAGAAUCGAAUGAGAAAUCCCAUUGCGACUGUGAGUGUAGUCGAUGAUCAUGCAGCAAAGCACUUCCCUGAACUCCCACGAUUCAUCCCACAGGAACUGUGUCUGAUUUUUCUUCCCUUUCAUUGUGACCAUUGUUCUUAUCAGCUUACUACUAAACAGCAUUGAGUGCUGCUUCAUCCUCCUACAAUACAAUACAAUUAAUCUCGCUUUUUUUUUUUUGUAGUGCGAGCGAGUUCCGAUAAGUCAAAGCCUACCUGCGUACUUUGCGAGCGAGUUCCGAUAAAUCAUCAGUGCAGACUGACUGCCAUAGUAGGCGGUAAAUGAUUUCUCCCUUUUGGUUUUGACAGUGGAAGUAAAUUACACUCGCCGAGAUUUAUCAUUCGCACAGAAGCUAGUUGUACUGUCUGACAAUUUCGAAAUCAAGUUCGAUUAUCUGCGCACAAAUGACCUACAUUCGUUCCCUCCUGGUCUUGAUGGCGGUAUCUCUUUUUCUUGGUUCCUCUCGCUUCUAAGGAAAUACUAGAAUCUUUCAUAUUCUUCUCGUUGUACAUGUUUUUUUGGAACAAGAUUUUUUUGAUUUGAUUGAGUCAAUAUACAAAUUAAGUCAAGUACAACCUACACCACUUUCUUACACCUUAAAAAUUACAUCACCGUACGUCGCAAAGUAAAAAAAGAUGGAUCCCAGUCUCGGCCAGAGUGGUUAUGGGGGUUCGUCUAGCUCCUCACGGCCUGAUGGUGAGGAAGGGACGCCAACUCCUCGUGGCGACACCGCAACGCCACCAGCAGCCCUGAUCAAAACGACCGAUCCACAAGCAGUCUUCUUCACAGACUGUUUUAACGACUCUAAAAGGCUGUGGGAGAUCUACUAUAUUUAUGACGAUUUGAGGAUGAAGAUCAUUGUUGUAAAUGUAAUUCUAACUCUAAACGACGUAAACGACGUACUAAUAUAAUGUGGCGUGAUGGUGAUCAACAUGAUAAAGAUAAACAUUUAGCGAAAUUGAUUCUCUACUUCUAAUCUCCGACCGAGAUCGUGAAGGGUAUCCAGGCGCUGGUAGACAAGGAGCUGGAAGGCGAAGAGCAUGGAUUUCUGAUGCUCUUCAUGAAGUUCGACUUGGAUAUGAGUGGGACCUUAAGCGUAGACGAAAUAUGCGACAUGCUUACGGAAUACGGCGUGGAAAGGAAGGCGCAAGCAAGAACGCUAGCACAGAGCAUCCUAGAACACACAGCGACGUCGAGAGAGGAAGCGGCCAGGAGUCCGAAUGUUAUGGCUUAUACUUAAAGCUAAUAGAGUAAGAGGGAGCACAGCACGUUCUAUUACAGUGCCAUUAGGUAGAUUAUAGUCUAGCUCUUAUUGUAAAAAUAGGUCGUCCUCUAGAAGAUUGCUGUCGCUCGUAAAUGGAAAGUGCCUCUACCUACUACCAGUAGUACUUCUAGAGCAUGACUCUCCAUGCGUCAACAUCAUUCGAAAGAUGUGCUACUCGAGUUUUACUUUUAGUCAGCACUCAAUCUCAAACAUCAAACCAGUAUCGCUCCUCUUCUACUUCUACUUCCAGCACUACCACUAUGUCUACUACAAACUACCUUACUAUUACAAUUAUCUACAGGCAUUUCUUUUUCUUCUAAGUAAAUCUAAUAGAAUAAUCUACCGCCCGCGUUUCUUCUUCUCCUUCUUCUUCUUCUCCUUCUUCUUCUAAUAUUAGCCGAGCCACCACAGCAGCAGACCCAGUCAGUUACGACGCUGUGGAGUUUGUGGAUUAUCUGAGGUGGUUUUCGAACAACAAAAACCAUGAAGCGUUCAAGGAAGUUGGUUUUAAAUUUGCAGAUUUUGGCGCACAGCUCAUCGGCACGCGGCACAUCGCGCCAGUGGGCGAUCGUUUGAGAACGUUGCCUAGGGAACAGCUCAGGAGGGCGAUAGUUAAUUAUAGAGCGGUACUGGCUCCUAUGCCUAUCAACUUGUUUUUUUUGGAGUAGAUACUUCUUGUUCAACAUCUUCGUACUACUACAAAAUUAUCACUUUUUUUACUUUUUGGAGUACUAGAUACUUCUUGUUCAACAUCUUCCACCUUCGUACUACUACAAAUAAAUUAUCAACAUCGUGGCCAUUCAUCCUUAUCGAACAAUGUCUUCAACGACUAUGACCUACUAAAACUACAAUGAUCAUAUUAACAAGUUAUAAUAAACUACUACAAUGAUCAUAAACAUAACCCAUCAAAAUGCACAGUUGUACCGAUCUCUUCGUGUCUAUAAGAGUGAAGAGGCAAUGCGCUCUUUGCCGGACGAUGCUGUGGAAGAGGUGAAGACUCUGUAUAAUUAAGGCUUUCCGCAUGCAUUCUCGACUACCAUGCAUUCUGCGCUACCAUGCAUUCUCGACUUCUUUCCCAAGAGGAAAGCAGUCAAGGAUCAUGUUCGGGAGAGUGUAACAUUCUCGACUUCUUUCCCAAGAGGAAAGCAGUCAAGGAUCAUGUUCGGGAGCAGAGUGUAAUAGAGAGUGUAAAAAUAUUUUUACCGCAACCACUAAUAUAACCUCAUCGCCAAGGAGCUAUCCAUGGAAAAUGAGGCUUUGUUUAAUCUGUUCGCGGAAUUUGACGAGGACCUUGAUGGAAAGCUAAACAAGACCGAACAGGCGAAGAUGUUUCGUGGGUUCGACCAGACAGCAACUGAUAACGAGGUGCAAAUCUACCUCAGAGAAGUAAACGCAGAGCCGCACUUUAAGGCUACUUCCCCUAGUGCAUGGGUGGACCUUCCAUCUUCAGAGAAGUCAUCCUAGGAGCGUAGACGCUUUUCAAGUUGAAAAGCGAUGAAACUGACAGGAUGCGCUGUCAUCUUUAGAUGGAACAUAAGUAACAAGGGUCGUGAGCAGCUCUAAGCACUUGCAGUUCUUGGAUUUCUUAGAUUGGUGGGAACAAAGUAAAAUGGUGCCGCAGUCGCUCGUCAGUCGGAAAAAACUUGGAAAAGCGUUGCAGAGCAGUAAAAACAUUAUUCUUAUUCAUUGAGAAUCCGAUCAUAGCGUGUACUUAUGUGAAUCUGAUUGUGAAAGAAAGCCUAAAAAACCUGCUGAUACUGGUAAUACGGUAGACAUGAUCAUGUUCAUGUCGUCGUAUUUCUAUCGUAUAUUACCCGUUUUUACACCAGCAACGGAGGACUACCAUCACCUCCAAGAUCUUCAUCACUACCAAAAAAGUGACCCUCUCAAUUAUCUUCGCCACUUCUAUCAGAGCUAACCACGUCGAUGAGCACAGUGAGCACGAUUUCACAAGGGUGGCUCUACAAAAUCGGCGGGGACUCGCUGUUCGGCAACGUGUUUGGGCAUCCUCUUCGCAAAAAAUGGGAAAGCCUAGACGUGGAAGACCUUCUGCGGCUGUGUGAAGUCUACAAGAUUUUAUAUGUAGACCUGAGAAACUACACCUUAGAACACGAAAUCGCACAGCUAGAAGCAGGAAUCGUCAGGGCUAUUCUGGUCUAAGUACUAGGUCGUCUCAUUGGAGGUGUUGGUCUAGAAGUAGCAGAAGUUCUAUUGUUCCUAGAAGCUAUCUUGAUCUUCGAUAUACAAGUACUAGAACAACGGUCGUGCUGGCGUUUUGUUCUAUUAUUUGGUCUAGAAGAUAGUCUUCAAUAGUCCUUUUUUAAUACGUAGUGAUGAUGUGAUGUAGUUCCAGAUAGAGAUCAUCAAAAACUACUGCAAGGUGUAUGUGCUUCUUGGGCUUCUUUUGUGUGAAGUUGAAGUAAAAAUUAUUUAGUACUAAGUAUGUGAUUAUGUAGUGAAGCUACUUACACAACUCUUGUUACGGGGAGAGCUUCUGUACUUCGACUGCUAUCGGUAUAAGGCUACCCUUUUCACCUCUGCUGUAGUCUUAUGAUCUUCCAUGAAGAUGAAGCAAGCACUAGUUCUUGUAACUACUUUAAGUAGCAACUUCUAGAGGUGACGAUGAUCAUGACUCCGAAAAAUUCUUGUAAUAUUUUCCAACAACAAAUGGUUCAUCUACUCGACGUCGAAGAGCCCCCGCUCCUACUCUGACUACUUAGAUCAUGAUUUUUCAUCUUGAAAGAAAAGCAGUCGAGGAAGCAGAAAGGCGCCAGCGCUAGUCAACAUAACGGAGACCCACUUGUUAGUAACAUCGAGAUGGAGUUGCAGACCGAGCAAUUAUUUCCAUAUGUUCAAGAAGAAGAUGUUGAGGAAAUUUCAAUUUGCUUUUGCACCUUUAUUUUUUGGUCUAUCUAUAACUACGAUUUUUCCGUGCUUUGAUGAAAGGAAUCAGACGAUUGAACAUACAGAUUGGAAAAGACGAUAAUUAUAAUAUCGAGGCUUUCUACACCUCGAGGAAAUUCUAU